UACAUAAAUUAGAUCAAUACACCAUUUGAAAUCACAACUUCCAAACGACCCCAAAUAACUGGGAGGCAGGGUGUUAUUUGAGAAUAACGUAUGAUGGGCCCUUUUCGUGCCUUUUAUGCCCCUUCGCUCUCCGUCCCUUUAAAAAAAAAAAAAAAAAAAAAGCUCUCCGUCCCUUUCUCUUUCCUUCUUCCUCUCUUCUUCGUUUACCCCAACUGUGAAUCAAGCAAGCUUCCUCCCUUCCUCCAACAACUGUCGAUUCCUCUUCUCUUCUAUCUACUAUCUUGAAAACAAAAAUUCAUCGAAGGGGAAAAUCGAAUUUGUGAUGUUUUCUGGGAUCCAGUGAAACCUGAUGUGGGAUUGCAAUUUGGGAGAUUAUUAAAAUAAUCCUCCUUUGCUGCAUGUCUCUCUUAGAUACAAGGUUGUCAAUCCGCGAGUUGAUCCGGACCCGGUCGAGCUAGUGGGUCAAGGGUUAAUUGGUCAACCGUUUUAGCCCGGUUUGGUCCUGGAAUAUAGAAAAAGUCAUUAUAUUAUACUUAUCCUCAUAAAUUAUAUUAAAUAUUAUCUAACAUAUGACUUAUAACAUAUAAUAUUACACCAAAAUAACAUUUCGUACUUAGAUCCAACAUAUAGUGAAAAUUCACACACACUUAUAUAACAUAAAUAUUCAAAUGUUCAACUUAGUAUUCCAAAAAUUGAGUUAGGCGAAAAGAAAAAUCGGAAAAUAGGCACAUUUCGCAAACCAAAGAAAAAAAUGACACAAUUUGACCUCCAACCCGGUACCUUGUAGCGGUCGACCCGGCAGGUGCAUAUGGCCCAUUUUUCUCACCGGUCAGGGUCAAAGUGGGUCGACCCGCGGGUUGACAACCUUGCUUAGAUACAAAAACAUCCCCAUCGUAAGAAGCAGAGAUCUGGACAAGGCUAAUGGUCUCUACAAAUGACCAGAUUGGAUUCGGAUGGGAUGGCGCAAGAUUUGCGCCUGGGUCGCCGGAAUCUAGCGAGUUGGAGUCGUAAUCCGAGAACGGCGCAGGCAGGCGGGACAACGGUGCAGGCUUUUUGGAUAAGUAGUUUGCGUUAAUCCACUAGUCAAAUGCGUAGCAUAGGGAGAAGGAAUCGCCGCCAACGAAGCUCAGCUACGGCAGGACAAAUCGGACUUCGGCAGCGACGGAGGAGGAUUUGUGAAUUUUUUUAUGAAUAGGAUUUGUGAAAUUUAUUAUGCCGUUAGAGGAGCGAAGAAGACAGGGGUGAGCUUCUGGUAAGCAUUUGGAGGUUGCAUGAAUAUGGAGUUAAGAGUUCUCCUUCUUCGUCUGCAGGAUGAUGAAAGACAGCGACGAUAGGAGGAAGCUGAAAGACGGCGGCAACAGGAUACUCGUCGACAGCAGAUAGUUACAGUAGUUUUCUCUCUUGUAUUGAUUUGAUUCGUCUUCUUUGUGGAUAUGACUAGCAGAUUGUUUUUUCCUCAAUAUAUGAAUCUCGCAAUUGUUGGAUGUUGGAUACUAUUAAUUGUGAUUUGUGAACUUUUAAAUUUGUAGAAGGAGAGGAGCAAUUUCUGCGUUCUCUGUGGGAGAGGGAUAAACAAGAGUUCGAACAAGGAAGCUGGUUAUGCCAAAAUGAGGAUACAUAGGUCUUUUCACUUUUUAGUUGAAGAAUAACUCUUGUUAAAAACCUCAUCAACCAAACAUGAUAUUUAAAAACCAUUACCGCAUCAAUACCACACAUAUAACACAUUUAGAAAUAAUGAAUCAUUUGGUACACAAAUACCACUCUCUCAAUAAUGCAUCCAAACGACCUCUAUAUUUAUUCGGGUUAAUGCCACAUUUGGUCACUUCAUUACAAAAUCGUAAUAUGUUUAGUCACUAGAAGAAAAUAAUAUCAAAUUUGGUCACUCGAAUUACUAAAACUGGUCACACUUAGUCAAUCUCUGUUUGCCUCCGUCCAACUCCGUUAGUGGAGUCCGUUAAGUGCUGACGUGGCUAACGGGAGCACCUAAUCAGCGCCGUUUUGGGCCGAAAAUGGUCAACCCGACCCGCCAUGUCAUACACCCAUGACCCAACCCAUUGAAUUCACCCAACCCGACCCAUAUCCAAACCCUAGCCCACCUAACAAAACAAAGCUGUAAAAUUGAACGGGUUAGUUUCCAUUCGCAGACCCGAAAACCCUUCUCCUUCCUUGAGAGUUCUUCACCUUCCGCUAGGUUCCACUAUUUUCGAUCAAACUCAUCAGAGUGUAGAGAGCAGGGAGAGAUGGAGCCAAGCACACUACCCUCUUGAACCCCUUGACCCAGAACGUUUACAACCACUCUCGCGCUGGUGAUUUCAUUUUGGGGUUAAUUGCAUGGUUGGUCACUGAGAUUACAAAAAAGUUCAAGUUUGGUCACUCGAAAUAUUUAAAUCUAUUGGUGGUACCUCAGUUUACUGAAACCGUUCAUGUUUGGUCACUCUCCGUCCAACUCCGCUAACUUUUGCUUACGUGGCAGUCAGCUCUAAAAAUUGACCGUUAAAUGUGUGACAUGACAAUUAAAAAAUAAUUAAAUAAAUAAAAUUUAAUUUUUUAAAAUUUCCACCUCAUUUCUAACUAUUAAAAAAAUAAAAAUAAAAAUUAUUAAAUUACGAACCAACGCCGCAAAACCAGAACCACCACCUCAUUCUUCAUCCUACCGCGGUGGGCCUCUCCUACGUCUCCGAUUCACCUUUCUUCAUCCUCAUUCAUGGUGCUCGACUGCUCGCAGACGUUGGUGUUUCCGCAAUUUUCGAUCCCCAAAAAGGAAAGAAAGAGAAGGAAAAGAUAGUUUAUAGUAUCGGUAAAUUAUGGCGGAAGAAGUUGUAGUUGAAUUGGUGCCGGCCCUAGAAACUCCACAUCCAUCGGCAGCUUCUCCGACCGAUUCGCCAACCGCGGUCGUUUCCGAUCCCUCGCUCUCGCGAAAUGCAUCAUUCAGUAAACUCAACGCGCGAGCUCCCGAGUUCGUUCCUAGUAAGCAAUCGCCUCCUCCUGCUACUCUGUCUCCUCCGCUUCCGUCGAGGUUGGCUGUGAUGCCACCGCAGCUGCCUACGGCUGGUCUGGCUUCACCUUACCACGUCCCGUUUCACAGUCCAGUGUCGGUUGCUCACGUGAUUCCGGUCCAGAAUCAUGAUCCGCAUCACAAUCAGCUACAUCACCAGCCCCACCAUCAACAGCCGCCGCCGCAGCAGCACGUUGCGGUGCGGAAUCACAACAAUCAUCAUCAACACCAUCACCAGCAGUUGCAUUGAUGGCGGAAAUAUUGCUUCUCUUUAGUGCUUAGGUUAUUCUGAUGGCUAAUGGAUGUAAGCGUUGUGGAUUUCCGGUUAUUUUUAUUUUUUUAAUAGUUAGAUAUGAGCUGGAAAUUUUAAAUUAUUAAAUUUUAUUUAUUUAAUUAUUUUUUAAUUGUCAUGUCACACAUUUAACGGUCAACUUUUAGAGUUGACUGCCACGUAAGCAAAAGUUAACGGAGUUGGACGGAGAGUGACCAAACGUGAACGGUUUCAGUAACCUGAAGUACCACCAAUGGAUAAAUAUUUCGAGUGACCAAACUUGAACAUUUUUUGUAAUCACAGUGACCAACCAUGCAAUUAACCCUUUCAUUUUGCUAUGUGGAAUUGAUUUCUUUACGAAUUCCAGAAUUUUUACAACCACUCUUUGACUGAAAUCUAUGUUCGUUUUAUGGAAUUGAUGCAAAACUGGACCAGAGAAGAGAAGAACCAUUGUCUAGAAAAAACUGAGAAGUCAUUCAAGCAUUCAGGGGAAAUCCUCCGUCUAGUACUGCCAUAAAUGGUAUGUGGUAGUGAUACAUUUAGUACAGCUGAAGCCCUUGUCUAUCGAAGUCUAUACGGCGGAAUCGGACUCGUCGACCGUGCUUUUCCAAUGCAACAUGCUUUGCUUCGUUGGCAGCAGCCCCGAGCCUCUCUAUUCGGCCGAGCGAGGAGGAGGAAGAGGGAGAAGAAGAAUCCAUGUAGCGCGUAGAAUAGGGCUUUAACGAGUCGGUGUUGUAGAUCCGUAACCCGUCGUAGAGACCGUGACGAAGCAUCCGCAGUCCUGGUUGAUGGAGAGGUGGUAGACCGAAGAGACCUCUGCGAUGGGGCAGCGUCUUCGAUGGAUGCGGGGAAAGCAGAGGCGGCGGAGAAAGAAGCGUCGAUCCGAAACCCGGUCUUCCAUGUACAAAUUCCCGAGGAACGAGAAAGGGUUUCGGGUAUUAAAAUUGAAAUUUUGUUUAAGUGGGCUCAAAUUUGGUUCAGGGUUGGGUUGGGUUCAUGGGUAGGGUUGGGUAUAUGACAUGACGGAUUAAGUUAUGUGGCGGUUCGGGUUUGACCAUUUCUGACCCAAAAUGACGCUUACUAGACGCUCCCAUUAGCCACAUCAGCACUUAACGGACUCCACUAACGGAGUUGGACGAAGGCUAACGAAUAGUGACUAAGUGUGACCAAUUUUAGUAAUUCGACUUACCAAAUUUGAUAUUAUUUUUUUUCUAGUGACUAAACCUGUCACUAACCAAAUGUAGCAUUAACCCAUAUUUUUUAUACUAUAUCUAUCAAGGUUGUCAACCCGCGGGUUAAUGGGUCACUCGUUUUAGUCCAGUUUAGCCCGGAAAUAUAAAAAGCAUCAUUAUAUUGUACUUAUCCUGAUAAAUUAUAUAAAAUCUCAUAACAUAUAAUAUUACACCAAAAUAACAUUUCGUACUUAGAUUCAACAUAUUGAAAAUUCACAAACACUUAUAUAACAUUAAUAUUCAACUUAGGAUUUCAACUCAACUUAGGAUUUCAAAGAUUAAGUUAUGCGAAAAGAAAAAUCGAAAAAUAAGCGCAUUUCGCAAAACAAAGAAAAAAAUGACACAAUUUGACCUCCAACCCGAUACCUUGUGGCAGUCGACCCGGCGGGUGCGUGCAGCCCAUUUUUCUCACCGAGUCAUGAUCAAAGUGGGUCAACCCGCGAGUCGACCCACGAGUCGACAAACUUGAUAUCUAUACUAGCUUUAUCUCUAUUUAUUUAUUAGUGUUCCUUUCUGAUCACGUUGGCUUGAAAUUUAAACUGAAGCCAUACUAUAGUUUGUUAACUGCCUUCGCGUCUCGGAAAGUUUGAACCCAAGUUAUGAAAACCGGGCCGGACCGUCCGGUCAAACCGGAAAACCCGGACCCGGGCACAAGUCCGGCCCCGGAAGGAUAAAAGCUGCUGGGCAUG